AUGGGAGACUUCCGCGUCACUAACGCUAGGACACUCCUGAUCCUGCUGGCUGGCAUGGCCAAGGUACACUGCACGGGGUUAGGGGAGUGUCCUGUAUACCCACAAUUGCCAAACUUUGACAUCAGCAAAAUGACAGGCACGUGGUAUGAAGUGGAAAGAUCAUUUUACCUAAUGGAGCUAUCGGCGAGUUGCACAGAGCUCAACGUGAACCUGAAUGAAAAAGGCUACUUCUACAUAAGCAUCAGUACUAUUAAUAGAUGGACUGGCACACCGUCUGUGACGUACGCGAUCGGCAUACCGAGCCACAACGGGUCCUCGGUGUUCCGGUACAAAGUGAACAACCGAAUGCCGUACCUGAUUGGGCGGCUGCUGCCCGGCGCCGGCCUGUACAAUAUACUGUUCACAGACUACGAACGUUUCGCUCUCGUGUGGUCCUGCUCCAGUGUCAGCAUUGCACAUUCAGAUCGCAUGUGGGUGUUGGGACGUACUCGCGAGAUACCCGCGCCGUUGCGUGCACAAAUCUACUCCAUCAUGCUGGAGCUGCGCCUGGAUCCGGACAGGCUCAUCAUAUCUAAAAACAAUAACUGCACCGAGAGUGCGCAACCAAUAAAUUAG